AUGUCUCUGAAUGGGCUCGACAGCGCAUCCGUUGCGGAGGCAUAUGCGUCUGCCCUGGCCGAGGCUGGAGGAUGGUUCCUCCUAAAAUACGCGUCCCGCGAUGCCGUAGAAAUCCUUACCCGUGGCACCGGUGGCCUAGUCGAAGCUCGAGGAGCCAUCUCCCAGUACGAAGACAAAUCACCACUCUAUGGCUUCCUGCUGUACCGGCGGCGGAAGGUUCUGAUAAAGUACACUCCGGAGGGGACCUCUCGGCUUCUGCAGGCUCGUGUGACUGUCCACUUCCAGGCUAUAACAGAAAAGUUCUCCCCCCACGACACCAUCCUCCCAAUCACCACCGCCGAGGAGCUCAGUGAUGCCGCCCUCUCUGCAGCCUGCUCCCUCCACACCGCCGCGCCUUCGAGUUCUUCGUCCAGCAGCUCCUCCCGAAGGCGGAAGUUGGAUGAGAUCACCGAAGACGCGGAGGAAGGGCAGGCGACCGCCGAUGACACUUCCUCCAUGACACGACCGAUGACAGCAGCCUCCACAAUACCCACCAUCGUGGAGCCGUCGAGUCCGGACACCAGAACGGAAGCGAAAUCAGAGGCAUCCGAGAAAUCCACUCUGCGAGGAUCCGUGGACAGGACACCAACAACGCCUCAAGCCAAGACGACUGUGCCUCAUGUUAGCGUAGAUGCUGUCUUAGAGUCAGCAAGUACCCCGAAUACAGAUCUAGCAACUGCGGAUUAUGUGGCCAGCCUCAGGAACUACGAAAGCCAUUUUGACAGUAGCUACGAAGCUCGAUUCUCGUCGCAGACAGCACGCCCGAGCACCUCCGAACUCUACGACUAUCUAUACAAGCCCAAGGUCAAACUAGGUCCACGACCACGCCCGUCAAUAGAUGUUGGCAAACGUCCCCAUACUUCAGGAACAGGCUCAAAGGAAGACGCUAGACCUGUGUCGCAACUCCCACCCGGCCUACGCAUAGCUCAAAGGAAAACAGAUCUAAAACGGCCGAAGUCGCGAGACUCGAGCGUCGUCCCUAGCAUCGCCUUUCCACCGCCACCGCCAAUACCUCAUAUCCCCGAACUCUCGUUGAUCACGCCAAUGCGACCUGGAUCCAGCCCCGCCAGUAUCCGGUCUCUACCUGCUAGGACCUCGGGAAUGACACCGGAGAAACAACGUUUGAUGAAGGCUCUGGAGUUGCGGAAAAAGCAAAUGAAUUCUCGGAAAGCUAAGGAAGCUAACGAGGCCGAUAAAGCUAGGGACGCCGCUCUGGCUCCGGCCGCCGUUGUUGCGGAAGUUCCUCCCGUUGAAAAAGAGCAGACAGAGAAACCCCCAGCCGUGGAACCUGAACUCGCGAAGGUGGAGCCGAGCCUUGCUAUAGAAGAAUCGCCUGAGGAGCAGUCUGUCCCGAAUACUCAUGAUUCGUCGUCAGCUGUCACCGAGCCCCCCAAGGCGGACUCUGCAGUGGAGGUUUUGGACGACGAUCAUCCAGAAUCCGAGGACUUACAAUCGGCUUCCGCCUCAUCACCAACAUCCGCACAGACACAAGGCUCCUCCGAGUCACCUUCUACUCGCCCCUCAUCGGUAUCAGAAGAGGAAGACCACACGGACCAUGACCAAGACACGAAGCCUGAUUUGCACGUGAAUUCGACAAGCUUUGGGAUCGAUGGACAGGCUGAUGCCCCCAGCUGUCAGGAUGCGCCGGUGGAAGAAUCCGUAGAAAGCUCUCCUACCGUUGUCCCAGAGGAUUCUUCUCCGGUUCCGUCGAUUGAAGUCAUUGCGCCCGCAACCUCUCGAUCAGAGAACGGUCGGGAGACAGUGGAGUUGAACAGCCCAUCAGUUGCCGAGACGGUAGAAACAGUAUCUGCUCAACCAUCACCAUCCCCGACACCGUCGGAAUUGAAAAGGAGAAGUACUGUCGAGGUUCGUGAAAAACGUCGCGCCCUUGUGGAACCCAUUCGGAUCGAUCUCACCACUGCUGAUGCCUCCGACACUGAGUAUCUCUCAGAUGACUCGUUCAUGGAGGAGCUACAAAGUGCCAAGUUCGAGCAAGCCCAACCCGUUUCUGUCUCCAAAUCUCCCAUCAGCCCAUUCUUCCCCCGGAAAUUUUCCAACCAAUCAAUUGUUUCGAUCCCGGAACGAUCGUCUUCGAACCAGUUUCUUCCAGGAGAGCGGAGAUCACCUCAGUUCUUUGGUGGUGAUCGUACCUCCUCCGCAUCCUGGUUAACAAAGCCCAACCAGGAGAAUCUGACAGUUGCCAAAAAGAUCAACGUCUCAUCCGGUAUCUCUCAGAGGAUUAAGGCCCUUGCCGAGAAAUCAAACCGAGAAUCUACAGCAUCUGUAAGUCCCGUCACGCCUCCAGAAGCGUCUAGUUCGAUUGUCGCACAGCGUAAAUCAUCUUUCCGUACACCACCUGCAUCUACUGGCCCCUCACCCGUUGCGCAACAUACAAAGCGUUUCAGCAGACAGUCUUUUGCUUCAUUUACAAGCCCAUCGCCUGACCGACAAUCAAUCUUACAGCCUCCGGAAACCACUAACCCGAUGUACGCUGUUCAACAAGUCGACAAACCGGAGUCCGUUCAAGUUACAGCUCGCAUUAUUCGGGAUCCUCGGACACAAAAGCCAAACUUAACAAUGCCGACUCAAGAUUCGCCGCUCGAGCUUCAUCAGAGCCCUCUGAUCAUCGAUCACCAAAAGGCUCAAAAAGUCUUGAUACCAGUAUCGAGCUCUAGGGUCAGCCUCGCGAGACCAGAGCCUGCGUCCCCGGAACUUCCUGCCUCUCCGCAGUCCACUAGGGAGGCCAGCUCUUCAGGACUCCCGCGCUCGUCUUCCGAGAGCAGUUGGCGAUCUUUAGGGCGACGGAUGAGCGAAGCCAAGCCUCCGCCUACUGCUGUAUCCGUUCGCAGUCAGUCAGCGGCCAGUUUGGAAAGCUUUGACGAGAAGAAAGAUGACAAGAAAGACAGCAAGAGGGACUCCAGGACGAGUCGUCUCUUCAAGAGGAUGUCGUCAUCAAUGUCCAUCUCUUCAACUUCCCGGAAGAACCUAGCGUCGCUGAGUCCCACUGUGCAUGAGGAAGAUCACGAGGCCAAUUUGCCAUCACUUCGGGAACCGCCACCAGCCGUGCAAGUAGGGGACCUGAACAUUCAGUUUCCCGACACAUUGCUCUGGAAACGGAGAUGGGUAGAGAUUGACGGCUCGGGCAACCUAGUCUUAACCCUUUCCAAGGCGAAUGACCAUCCUCGUGGUAUUACAAAACGAUUCCAUCUCACUGAAUUUCGCACCCCUUAUUCACCAGACCAGGACGCGCAAGAACUCCCAAAUAGCGUUAUCUUAGACUUUCUCGAUGGCCGAACGUUGCAGUGCGCCUGCGAAACCUACGUGUCCCAGGUGCAUGUUCUUCAAAUCUUGAGAGAAGCACAUGAAGCCUGGAUGGCUUAUGGACAAUAA